UGUACUGUCACCUCCGCAGACGGCCGGUGUCACCUUACGCAUCAUUAGAUGCAGUCAUGCAAGCGACCACUCUCUCGCCUAUUUCUGUCUCUCGCGCACACCCCCUCCGUCUCCCUUGGUGCUUUCCUCACUCCCUCCUUUCUUCUGAUUCCGUGGCCAGUAACGCAACCCAGCUGAUGCCUUAUUCCCUUCGGACUCGUAUGCUCCCUCCUUUUAUCGUCUGCUACGGAUAGCAGAAACACAGAGAACAAACCAAAGCAAAGAGAGGGAGGAGAAUGAAGGCACACCUGAGCCUACUCGUACUCUUCUCCGUUGCCUUCCUCUUCUUCUUGGCUACUUCAGAUGGCGAUGCAGAUCUCGAAGCUUUGAUUAAGCUGAAGGCUGCCCUGGUGGCGCCCGGUAGCUCCGCCCUCGGCAACUGGGACCCCGCAUCCGCGGACUACUGCUCCUUCACCGGCGUCGCCUGUGACGAAAACUCCCGCGUCGUCGCGCUCAACUUCACUGGCGUCCAGCUCAACGGCACGCUACCGCCGGAGAUCGGCAUCCUCAGCGGCCUCGUCAACCUAACUGUGUCCUGCUCCGGCGUCGUUGGCCCUCUCCCGAUGGAGCUAGCUGCGCUCCCCUCCCUCCGCCUGCUCAACGUCUCGAACAACAACUUCAGCGGCGCGUUCCCCCACGUCGGACCCGGCGGGUUCCCGACGCUGGAGGUCAUCGACGCCUACAACAACAACUUCUCCGGCCGGCUCCCGCUGGGCCUGGCGGCGGCCCCGCGCCUCCGGUACCUCCACCUCGGUGGCAACUAUUUCAACGGGACGAUCCCGAAGGAAUACUCUGACAUCAAGAACCUCGAGUACCUCGGUCUCAAUGGCAACGCCCUCACCGGCCGAGUCCCCGCCAGCCUCAGCCGGCUCUCCAAGCUGAAGGAGAUGUACAUCGGGUACUACAAUAUGUACGUGGGUGGGAUACCGCCGGAGUUGGGGAUGUUGUCGUCGUUAGUCCGGCUCGACAUGGCGGGAUGCGGUCUCUCCGGCCCAAUUCCGGCGAGCCUCGGCAGCUUGAAGCAUCUCGACACACUCUUUCUCCAGAUCAACCGGCUCUCUGGCUCCAUCCCGCCGGAGCUCGGCGGACUCAGCAUGUUGGAAUCUCUGGACCUCUCCAUCAACGAGCUGACGGGCGAAGUACCAGAUCGCUUCGCUGAGCUGAAGGAGCUCAAGCUGUUGAGCCUCUUCCGCAACCACAUCCGGGGCGCCAUCCCGCCGUUCGUCGCGGAACUCCCGAAUCUCGAGGUUCUCGAGCUGUGGGAGAACAACUUCACCAUGCAGCUCCCGGAAUCGUUGGGUCGGAACGGUCGGCUCCUCAAGCUGGACGUGGCGUCGAAUCGGAUCACCGGGACGAUUCCCCCCGAUCUCUGCGCCAGCGGGCGUCUCGAGACACUGGUUCUGAUGGAGAACGGCUUCUUCGGUCCGAUUCCGGAGAAGCUAGGUGAGUGCAAGUCGCUGACUCGGGUUCGACUCGCGAAGAACUUCUUGAACGGGCCGAUCCCCGCCGGGCUCUUCGAUCUGCCCUCGAACGACAUGCUCGAGCUCAGCGAAAACUUCCUCUCCGGAGAUCUACCGCCGGUGAUUGCUGGCAAUAAGCUCGGCAUGCUCGCUCUGUCCAACAACUUGAUUACCGGCUCGAUCCCACCGGCAAUCGGCAGCCUCCCCGCGCUCCAGAAUCUUGCUCUCGACUCGAAUCAGAUCUCCGGUGCGAUCCCACCCGAGAUCGGCCAGCUGAAGCAGCUGUCCAAGCUCAAUCUGAGUGGGAACAGCCUCUCUGGCGACAUUCCCGUCGAUCUCACCCGCUGCUCUUCGUUAGUCAUGAUCGAUCUCAGCCGGAACAACUUGACAGGCGCGAUACCGGUGCGGAUCCCGGCGCUGCAGAUCCUGAACACCCUCAACCUCUCGAGAAACCAGAUUUCCGGCGUGAUCCCGCCGGAGAUGCAGCGGAUGCGGAGCCUCACCAUCUUCGAUCUCUCAUACAACCGCCUCGCCGGCGUUAUUCCGGCGCAGGGCCAGUUUCUGGUGUUCAACGAGAGCUGGUUCGUGGGGAACCCGGGACUCUGUGGACCGCCGCUGCAUGUCCGCUACCCGUGCGGCGCAGAUGGCGGCGGUGACGGGAGCUCCGGCGAGGGACACCCGCGGCAGCGGCGGUGGGACGCGAAGAGGGCGCUACCGCUGGCAGGGCUCGCGGCUGCGGCUGGGGUGCCGCUGGCCGCUGCGGCGGCGAAGGGUUGGAGGCUGUGGAGGGAGAGGAAGGGGCGGUCGAAGGCGUGGAAGAUGACAGCGUUCCAGCGGCUGGACUUCACGGUGGAGGACGUGAUGGAGUGCCUGAAGGACGACAACGUGAUCGGAAAGGGCGGGGCGGGGAUCGUGUACCGGGGAAGCAUGGCGUGCGGGACGGAGGUGGCAAUCAAGCGGCUGGUGGGGCGGGGGGCGGGGGCGGAGCACGAUCGCGGGUUCACGGCGGAGGUGACGACCCUGGGGCGGAUCCGGCACCGCAACAUCGUGCGCCUGCUGGGCUUCGUGUCGAACCGGGAGACGAACCUGCUGCUGUACGAGUACAUGCCUGGCGGCAGCCUGGGGGAGAUGCUGCACGGGAGCAAGGGGGCGCACCUUGGGUGGGAGGCGAGGUGGCGCAUCGCAGCGGAGGCGGCCAGGGGUCUCUGCUACCUCCACCACGACUGCUCCCCGCUCAUCCUCCACCGGGAUGUCAAGUCCAACAACAUCCUCCUCGACUCCAACUUCGAGGCGCACGUCGCCGACUUCGGCCUCGCCAAGUUCCUGCACCAUCCCGGCGCCUCUGAGUGCGUCUCCUCCAUCGCCGGCUCCUAUGGCUACAUCGCCCCAGAGUACGCAUACACGCUGCGUGUGGACGAGAAGAGCGACGUGUACAGCUUCGGCGUGGUGCUCCUGGAGCUGAUCACCGGGCGGCGGCCGGUGGGCGGGUUCGGCGACGGCGUCGACAUCGUCCGCUGGGUCCGCAAGACGGUUUUGGAGGCGGCCGAAACCACUGAUUCCGCGGCCAUCCUCUUGAUUGCCGACAAGAGGCUGACGUCGACCCCGCUGGACCUGAUCACCAACUUGUUCAAGGUGGCGAUGCUCUGCGUGGAGGAGCAGAGCACGGCGCGGCCCACCAUGAGGGAGGUGGUGCACAUGCUCUCCAAUCCGAAAUCACCACCGCCGCCGCCACCACCCACCGAUCUCCUCAGCCUGUGAAUCGUCCUCCUCAGGUAGCAGUAAAGCUCACUGUUAAUAAGGUACUGCAUGGGGUUUUGUUCUGCUGCACAUAACUCCCCCUCUUCCUACAUGCUACAGAGCUGCAACUUAGGUUGAACUCACACGCUUUCAGCUUAUACUACUACUACUACUACUACUAGUACUAAUUGUGCUACUUGAAAGUUGACAGACAUUAGAAUGGUAUUAUGGAGUCAUGUGUAUAUGAAUGAUGAAUUUAAAUUUUGCUAUGCAUGAUAAAACAAUUACAUGCAUAUUUAUGUGCUGGAAAAUGUUAAUUCAGGGUUUUGGUAAAUGAAAAUAUUCAUAUUUCUAUUGA